AUGGCAGGUGAUGAGGCAGCCGACGAGGCAAAGGUGACUAAGUCACCACCAGCACUGGCAACUGAAUUCGCCACCGUACUCCUUUCAGCUAUUGUCGAAGACGGAGAUCCAGAUGUCGAGAUUCAAGAUGGGCAGCAGCUCCCGUCACAACCAACCACCACCAUUGUGGCUUCACCACCAACACAGUUUGCAGCGGUUGGACAACCAUCCAGGGAGAAGAAACGAAACAAGGCUGUCGAGGUUCCUUUCGUGGCCGUGACCGAAGAGGAAGGAGGUCUUGCCUCUUUCGUCCUUGUUCCCGACAAGGAGAGGACAAUCACCCCUGAACAAGAAAAGAGAAGACAUUUGGCUCCCUCUGCUUCUUUUCCAAGCAAAGAGAAGACAUUUGUCUUUGAGAAGGAACCCAAAGAUGAAAUUGCAGGGAGUAUAGCAACGCCAAAUCGGCCAGCGAACUGGAGAUUUAGGAAAAAGAAGGUGCGACCGGGCGAAGGAGGCCGCAUCGCGGUGGAGUCGUUGCCAAGUUCGAGAAGGUACUUGAAGCCACCAGUUGGGCUCGGUGAGGCCAAACCGACCACUGCAACGGCCGAAAUCCAAACGGCCAGGAUAGGGGAGUCUGGAUUGAGCUCAGCUGAGCCUCACGUCACCAACUCUCGACUCAAAGAGGAGUUGGCGUCGAUCGACGCAGAGUCAAAUGCCGCCACGAACAGGAUCGUCGCACAAGAUCGGGAAAUUCGCUCAUUGCUGGCAGAGCUCGGCACUGCGACUGCCGGACAAAACGAGUUGGAGAAGAAGCCUAUGAUUCGGACAGCCACGGGUUCGGAGGUAAGGUUGGCAAGGCAGGCUCGCCGGGUUUCUCUGCCAGCAACACAAAGCGGUUACGGGGCGUCGCAGUCGGCGAGGAAUCCAACCGAUACAGCGAUCGAUGAGAAGAAAGAAGUGGAGCACUCGCCGGAGAACAGGUCAAAGCGGUUGCCGUCAAAGAAGAUGACGAAGACCAUCGUGGCCGCGUCGACCGUCGAGAAGACAGUGCAGGAUUCGGGGCGAGGAGUGUGCUGGUCUCCGCGCCAUGGGCUGGGCAGUUCGCUGCCAAGAGAGGAGCCGUCGUCGAAGGCGGGGGAGAUGGACAGGUCGCUGUUGGGAUUCGAGGAGACAGCGGGGAGGACGACGUCGGAGAUAAAGCCACCAGAGCUCUUGCCGUUGUAA